UCCCACCCUGGGAAGGACUGGCCUUGGAAGCUGGCCACUCCCCCCAGCAUAUCCCUUCUCAUCCUCCAGCCCCAGAGUGGGCCAAGCCCACCUGGGCUAGAAGUCAGUGACUUGCCCAGCUGUAGAGGUCCCCUCAAACCAGGUGCACAGGAAGGCCUUGGAAGAGGCACAUGGCUGAUAACCAGGCUCCAGGGUGGGGAGCACCUAGAACUGGGCAGGGCAGGCUGCUGGGCUGGGACCAGGGGGCUAAAGUCCAAGUGAGGGUAGAACUGAAUCUGCUUUGCUGCCACAGCAGGGAAACUGAGUCAGAUCGGUCAGCUAACACUGAUGGAGCACCGAGGGUGUGCCAGGCACAGUCUGGGCAUGGGGGCACAAAGGUAACAGACAAACCCAGCCCUCAGGAGCUCCGUGUCAGCUGGAGGCUCAGACGUGGGGCUGUGCUCUCAGCUCACCCUCUUCCUCUCCCCAAGGAGAAACCCAGGUUCCUGCUUCUCAGGCCUGGGACAGGGCUCCUGCAGCCCCUCCCUUCCCACUUUUUGUCCAAAAAACCACUCGUAGGAGUCAAGUACCCACUGGCAGGGGGGAGGGUUUGAGCCAGAGAAGACCCUGGCCAGGGCCCUGACAGCUGCCCCUGCCCGGGGUGUGAAAGGCUCACUAGAGAGUCAGGGGAACAGUGGGCCUGGCAGAGACCCUGGAGGGCACUUGCAGAAGCUUAUGUUCAAUAGAUGCUGGGGGUCCAUGGUGGUGCCAUGCUCAGCGGGAGGGGCCCUUCCAGACACAGCAGCUCCCAGCCCCCCAGGCUGGAAGGGCCUUGUCUGAGGUCACCCAGUGAGCAGCUGAGCAGGAAGGGCCAGGAGGGAGUGGGUACAGGGGACUCUGGCGGGCUGUGGUCAGCAGGACUUGAUCGCUGGCUGGAGGGCGGCUGUCUUUUUCUCACCUCUUCCCCUUGUGUACUUUCCUUCUCCCCCGGGACCAGUUGAUGCCUGCCCUGUUCUGCUCCCCUUGGCUGGGCCCAGCUCUGACGUGGUUCCUAGGGAAUGCAGUGCAGGGGAGGGGCCAAGAGAGGAGCCUGGGCCACGUGGGGGCCCCCGGCCAGCCAGGCCAGCAGCUGUGAUCAGGCCGGGCCUGAUCCCCUCUGUGGGGGAAAUGAGCUAGAGAGAACCUGAUCCCUUGGGCCAGCGUGUGGGAGCGCCGUGCCCCGCCCUGCCCUGUCCUGCCCUGGCCUGGCGUUUCCUCUUCCUCCGGACUCCAGGAUUCCUCUGGGGCUGAGGAAAUGAACGUGGCCUGAGAUUCUGGAUCGAGGAGGAGGGGUCUUCCCUUUGACUAGGAGCCCCUCUCCCCACCUUGGGCUGUCAAAAUGGGUGAAUAUAACGAGAAGAAGGAGACAUGUGGUACCAUCUGCCUGAAAUACCUGCUCUUCACUUUCAACUGCUGCUUCUGGCUGACCGGCCUGUCCGUCAUGGCCGUGGGCAUCUGGACGCUGGCCCUCAAGAGUGACUACAUCAGCCUCCUGGCUUCCAACACUUACCUGGCCACGGCGUACAUCCUGCUGGUGGCUGGGGCUGUGGUCAUGGUGACAGGAAUCCUGGGCUGCUGUGCCACCUUCAAAGAGAGGCGCAAUCUGCUUCGGCUGUACUUCUUCCUCCUGCUCCUCAUCUUCCUGCUUGAGGUCAUCGCGGGCAUCCUGGCUUACAUCUACUACCAGCAGCUGAGUGCCGAGCUGAAGGAUACCCUCAAAGAUACCAUGGUCCAGAAAUACCACCAGCCUGGCCACGAAGGGGUGACCGUGGCUGUGGACAAGCUGCAGCAGAAGUUCCACUGCUGCGGGAGCAACAAUUCCGGGGACUGGCAGGAGAGUGUGUGGAUUCGGUCCGGGGAGGCGGAGGGCCGAAAGUUUCCCGAUAGCUGCUGUAAGACCAUCGUGGAAGGCUGCGGUCAGCGGGACCACGCGUCCAACAUCUACAAAGUGGAGGGCGGCUGUAUCACCAAACUGGAGAAGUUCAUCCAGGAGCACCUGAGCAUCAUUGGGGCCAUGGGCCUGGGCAUUGCUGGUGUGCAGAUCUUUGGAAUGAUUUUCACCUGCUGUCUGUACAAAAGCCUGAAGCUGGAACAUUACUAGGGUGUGCAGGGGCCAGGGGCAUCGUCCCACCUGCCUCCACGCUAAGUUAUUGCCGCCUUUCUUUAUCACUUUAUACUCAGGCCCUGUGUAAAUCUACUGACGGGGGGGGGGGGGGGGGGGGGGCGGGAACGGCAGGGAGCCGUAGCCCUGCCUGCCUCUGCCCCCACCUGCCAACAGCCCUGCACCCAUUUUACAGAUGGGUGCCCCCUGGGCAGCCAGGCCCGGAUGUGGCCUCCACCGGUGGGGGGGCGGCCCCUGCCCCUCCUGAUGCACUGGAGACCCAACCCUGCCUUGGUGGGUUAGAUGCUGGGAGGGAACAGGGCUGGGUCCCCUGAUUUAGGGUGGGGGAGCUGAGCUCCUAGCCUCAGCCCUGUGACUGCAGGGCUGCACUCAAGUGCCUUUACACAGGCCCCAGUUAGACUGUCUGUGCCUUGGCAGGGGAGGAGGGUCCGUGUCCCGCUCGCCCACCCUGGGGGAGGCCAGUGUGUCCUCCUUGUUGGGGCUGGUGGGUGUGGACCGGGUCAGUGGGUCCCCAGGCUCCCACAGAGUUGGUUAGAUAGAUUGCCGUGGGUGGGAGGGUUUGGACUGUGGAGAUGGCCAUGGGGGUGCCUUCCAGCUCUGUGACUGUUGAAGUAAAGCCCUGUCCUGGCUGUCCAUCAGCUGGUCCCUUUCUUGGGCGGAUGAGGUGGGUGGGGUAUGGGUCCAACAGGGCCCAGGUGUGGCUGGGAUGGGGGAGAGCGCCAAGCCCAGGACUGGGGCCGUGGUGACCAUCCCCGUGCACACACUGUGGUAUCUGCUGCAGCCGCCCACUGUAUGCCAGGCACAUCAGACACCUUUGAGGAGCUCACGUGUGCAUGCAUCCGAGAGGCCUGGACUGGAGAGCUUGGGGAGCAGGGGUCGGGGUGGCCCACUGGAGGGGGCUGGGGCAGAGGCCAGGUGGGGGCAGGGCCCCAUGGGGCUUGAGAUGCCAGCAGUGUCUAGAAACAAGAGGUGGGCAGCAGCUGGGAUGCGGGCGCAGAGGGUCUGCCCGAGGCAGUGAAGGAGGAGCCCGGGCGGUGAAUCCUGCCCUAAACAGCAAGAGGCAAGUUUGGAGGAGGGGAGGGGCACAUUUUGUAUGAACAGGGUAGCUAAGGGAGUCAGAGAGACCCCAGUUCAAAUCCAGCUCCUGCCUCCAGCUUCCUGCUUGUGACUUCACUGCCACUUGCCUGCUUCCCCAUCUGUAAGAUGGGCACAAGGACAACCCUCCCUCCCAGGGUGGCUGUGAUGACGAGCCACCAUUCCCGUCGAGCCCUCUCCGUCUGGCUGGUUUGUCUUAGCCGUCUAAUCGGACAAUACAACCUUCUUUUUAUUCCUU